AUGCCGCUGACGGGGUGCUUGCCGUUGGCGAUGACGCUGUCACAGCCGUGGGACCGGGACAACCUCAGCUGCGUGGCGUCCAUUAACCAGCAGAACCUCGACCACAACCACCACCUCCAGGCGGGGCUCCACCGGCUCCGGCGUAGCCACCCGGACGCCAUCAUCGCCUACACCGACUAUCACGCCGCGCACCUCGCCGUGGUGCGCAGCCCGACCAGGUACGGCUUCGCGGAGCCCUUCAAGGCCUGCUGCGGCACAGGCGGCGGCACCUACAACUUCGAGAUCAUCUCCACCUGCGGCUCGCCGGAGGUCGCCACCGCCUGCGCCCAGCCCGCCAGGUACGUCAACUGGGACGGGGUGCACAUGACCGAGGCCAUGUACAAGGUCGUCGCCGGCAUGUUCUUCCACGACGCCACCGGGGCGUACUGUCGGCCGACCUUCGGCUCCCUGCUCGCCGCCAGGAAGAAAGGCCACACCAAGUGA